AUGGCGCUGAGCAAACGCUUCGAAAUGACGGAUCUCGGUGAGCUCGAUUACUUUCUCGGCAUGGAGAUCAAGAACGACCGUAAGACGGGAAUGGUGACUGUACAACAAACCAAGUUUCUCAAGUCCGUGUUAACCAAGUUCGGAAUGGAUAACAGCAAGCCAGUGAAGACGCCUCAAGAUCCCGGCCUGAAGCUAACCAAGAACAUGUGUGAACAAGAAUGCAAGCACGAAGACACCAUGUGCAACGUGCCAUAUCGAAGUGCUGUCGGAGGCAUCAUGUAUCUCAUGGUCGCCACACGUCCGGAUCUAGCUGCUGCAGUGGGAUCAUUAUCCCAGUUCUCGUCCGACCCAUGCCCGACUCACUGGCAAGCUUUGAAGCGUGUGCUGAGAUACCUGCAAGCAACGCCCAAUCAUGGUCUUGAGUUUACACGUGAAGAAGGAAGCCGUAUCUGCGGGUACACCGACGCAGACUGGGCCGGCGACAUUGAGUCAAGACGAAGUACAAGCGGCUAUGUGUUCAUGAUGAGCGGAGGAUGCAUCAGCUGGAAAAGACAGAAACAACGGACGGUCGCGUUAUCUUCAACAAAAGCAGAAUACAUGGCGCUUUCCGAAGCAACCAAAGAAGCAGUAUGGCUCAAAGUGCUUUUGGGGGAACUUGGUGAGAUGACAAGCGACGAAGCGAUCAAGAUGUAUGAAGACAACCAAGGAUCAAUCGCUCUCGCCAAGAACCCGGAGUUCCAUAAGAGAACAAAACACAUCGACAUACGCUACCAUUUUGUGCGUGAGAAGGUGGAAUCAGGUGAAGUCGUUUUGGAGUAUUGCCCGACUCAAGAUAUGCUGGCAGACAUGAUGACCAAGCCGAUCGCCGCUGUACAAUUUGAAAACAUUCGCGAUCGACUUGGGAUCCAAGGUGCCGCAGCUAACGAGUCGAGAGGGAGUGUUGAAAAGACAGCGGCUGUGAAGAAGACACCUCGUCAAGCUGCGUCAAGUGUUGAAGCAAGUGGAAGACCAAGCUUCGCUAUACCGGUGGGUACCGGUAUGUACCAGUAA